GUAAUAAUUAAUAUUAUUUAAAAUUUGUUAAAGAAACUAUAAAGUGUAGUCGUUAAAAUUAAAAAUAUUCGCUUUAGGGCAAGAAUGGGAGUACAUAGGAUGGUCAUAAGAUGAGGGUUUCCCAGCAGGGAAACCCCUCAUUACCUCAGUCCAAAAUCGAUCGCCUCUCCAGCUGUUUUCCUAGUUUUAUGUAUACCAUUGUCAAAGUCAGGUAGCCAGGACCCUUGUCGAGGGUUGAAAAGUCGCUAAGGUCUGGUGGUUCGUGCAAUUGCAUUUCAAACUCGUCCCCUGACUGGCUUCAAUCAAUUCUGCGCUCAGUUGUUCGCCAGCAUCAGGUUCACAAUGACCUCCGACUCCACGCUGUAUUUCACCGCCGUCGAGGAAAUGUUCAAGGAAGUGUUAACAAUAGAGGACGACGACUUGGUUCCUGGGAACAAGGAGGUUUUAGAAACUCCAAAACGAUGCGUGCAAUUACGCCAGCAAAAGUUGUUUGCAAGUGACUCCAGUGGUUUUGUGAUAAGUCGACGAUCUUCGAGGAUCGAAUCGGCAAUAGACUUGAAGGGGGAUAUAUCUCCGGGCAGGCGAAAGGAGCUUCGAAGUGAGGAAAUCCUUCGGCUGCGCAAGGAUCGAGCGGAAAAAGAACGACAGAAGCCCCAGAGACGUCUAGCCUUGAGGAUAUAAUACCACCGAUCUACCGAUCAAUUGUUUUUUCCAACCACAGUGCUUCCCUGUUGUAUGCUUUACUUUAAGAUAUAUUUUUAAGUACUUCUAAGUAUGCUACGGUUACGUACAGUAGAUCGUAGAUGCAUUCGACUUUGUGAUCUUCAGUUACAUUUUCUGUGCCAUUAAUAAAAAAAAACUACAUAAAAAAUGUUAAUAUUGCCUUGAUAAAUUUUGUAGCUAUCUUCCAACAUAUUUUCAAAAGGUAGUUUGCAUAUAAAGUUUGACAAUAUACAAAUAAACUGUUGAACUUACAAAAAUAUGUACUUCUCAGUCCAUCAAAUUAUGUAAGAAAAGAUAGAUAGUGAAGGUUGUAUAAACUGCUUAUUUUUACUGAAUUUCUU